AUCUCACACAUGACCUCCCCCCCCACACAGCUUUUCUGUGCAGAACAGGAGGAGGGCAGGAAGCAGACCCUGUUUUGACUGUAAUUUGAGCCUGGCUCUUUUGUGCAUGUUUCCUUGGACACCAGAAACAGGAAGCGUUAAAUUAUACCAGGCACACAAUUGCUGUUCUCUAGUCAUCUGUCCAGGGCUAUGAAGGGCCUAUUAACCACGCCAGAGCAGGAUGGCUGGAGAGAACUGAUCAACAAGGAGGCCUCUUGCAGGGUCAAUUGGAAGGCAAAGUAUGGGCAUAAAUACCCCAGGCAGCUGCCCGACAAUGGAAUUUCUAGAAGGAAAGGUUUCUUGCCUCCCAUCAGUCCCACCAGGGAAGAGACAAGCUUUCCCAGUUGUGAAGAAAGAAUACCACCAAAGCAGCAGCAGGAACUACCAGAGGAGAAGACAGGGCUGAGCCUUCAAGAACGCCUUCCAGAGAUGAGGGCUCCAACCCCACAGACAACACAGCUGCUGUACCAGGGUAUCUCUUAUGAAGGCAAAGGCAGACAGCGCUACCUUAAAGAGAGAAGCACAAAAAGCCCUGAAGAGAAAUUCCUCUACCCGGUGCUGUCAUCAUGGGAGUAUGGCUGGCGCUUAGGGGAUUUUGUUAAAGACAUCAAGACACCAAUUCAUGGCCGAUCCCGAAUUGUAAAGGAUACGUUCUACUUCAGAAAUGGAAUCUUCUAUCAUCCAUCAAAAACUGACAAGCUGUCAUGAAUACUGAAGCCAGCUGAAAUGUGGAAAUGUUUGUAUAAUGUUGCCUAGCAUGAAUAUUUGUUGUAGUGCUGGAUCUCACAAACUCUAUAAUUAUUUCUUCCAUAACUAUUCUUUCAGAUUUAAAGCUGCCUCCAGCCUUGCUGUCUUUCUGUAACGGGUGCAGUAUUUGUUGCACAAUGCAUUCCCAGUAAAUCUGAACUUAUUAGAAAAAAUUUUGGGGAUCUGUACCAAAGAGGUGUGUAUAACCUUGCAUAAUUUUGGGGUGGUUUGCCUGAUUUAGUGCCAAUUCACAUGGCUGUUUUCUCCUGGUUGUCCCCUCUUUAUGGUGACUACUUGUCACUGGGUGAACAUGUUCUGAGAACCUACCAUGGGCUGAAGGGGUGAAAAACGCCACAAACAUGUGAGUGGGAUGUAUCAAUUGAUUUAUAUUAAGAUUAAGUAAAUGGAAUGUUUUGAAAUGCAAA